GUGAGCACGCCAUGGCCGCGAUCAAGGACGAUAUCACCACCAGCCAGCACCCUCCUGAGGGCCCCCCCGGGAUCGUGCUGGUGCCUGUGCCGAGCGACAGCUUGCGGGACCCACUGCUGAAUCUGGCGCAACAGGCCAAGAUCUAUGGCAAGACGACCGUCCAGGAGGCGUACGCGAACUCCGCCGCCCUGGCGGGCAUGGCCUUUGGGCCCUUCUUCUUCGCCCCCGUCGCCCACCGGCUGGGCCGCAGUUCGGUCAUCCUGUGGUGCGUGCUCUGCACGCUGGUGUGCCAGGUCUGGGGCGCCGUCAUGACCCACCCGGACGACUACAUCGCCUUCGUGCUGUCGCGCCUGUUCGCCGGCUUCUUCGGGGCGGUGCCCACCGUGCUGGGCCCGCGCAUCAUCACCGACCUGCUGUUCCUGCACCAGCGCGGCCGCGCCUUCACGGCCCUGCACAUGGCCUUCCUCUUCGGCACCAUCGCCGGCCCCACCUUCUCGGCCUUCAUCUCCGCCAACGCCUUCUUCCCCGUCGAGUUCUGGUGGUCCGUCGGCCUGCUGGGCGCCACCGCCGUCCUCGUCGUCUGCGGCCUCGAGGAGACCGGCUACGACCGCGCCCAUCCGGACCGGAACCCCGUCAUCCCCACCCCCUGGCUGGCGAACCGAUGGGCGACCUUCGUUCUCGGCCACCGCGUCGUGCAGCCGACGACCUGGGCUGAAACGAUGAAAAUCGCCGCGGCGCCCAUCCUCAUCGGGAUCUGUCCCGUCACCAUCAUCAUGGGCACCUUCACCCUGAUCUCGUUCGGCUUCUACGUCGGCAUGAACGCCCUCGUCCCCGUCUGGCUGCAACGGUCCCCCGCGGAGGGGGGCUACGGCUUCUCUCUGAAGCAGAGCGCCGCCUUCACCUUCUGCCACUGGAUCGGCAUCGUGAUCGUGCAGCUGGUGGGCCACCGCUACAACGACCGGCUGCCCCUGGCCCUGGCGCGCCGCUUCAACCGCGGGGGGUGGAAGCCCGAGUACCGGCUGCACGUGCUGUGGAUCCCCAGUCUGAUCCUCAAUCCCAUCGGCCUGGGCCUGUUCGGGGCGACCCUGCAGUACCACCUGCACUACCUGGUGCUGGCGCUGGCCGUGUUCCUCGUGACGAUCGGCGCCCUGGCCAGCGUGCCGGUGACGGUCAACUACGUGGUCGAGUGCUUCACGCGCUACCCGGCGGAGGCGGGCAUCGUGGUGGGGGCGUACCGGAUCGUGUACGGGCUGACCAUCACCUUCUACAUCAACCCCUGGGUGGCGGCCGUCGGGGUCGGCUGGGUGUACGGCAUGAUGGCCUUCUUCGCCGUGUUCUCGUUCCUCUUCGUCAUGCUGCUGAUGUGGAAGGGCCACGCCAUCCGGGGGUGGCAGCUGGCCUCGGUGGCCAGCAGUGAGGAGGGCGUGCAGAUCGACGAGGGUGGCAGCGAGAAGCAUCGGGUGGUCCACGAGGGGGGUGGGCAGCAGGCAUAGGGAUCCAGCCCCUGACCUGGCCAUCAUCGUCCUCCGUGCAGCGGGCACGGCGGGGUCUUCUUCAUUCAUCAUCACGUAGUAGGUAUAGUAAUUCUAUAAUCAGUUAGUAAUACACACGGC